AGGAGAGGAGAAAGGCAUGGAGAAAGGGGGUGGAGUUUGUUGCCAUUUCUGAGGUGCGUGUUCGCUGCGCUGACGCAGUUUUCGAUAAUUUCGGAAUUUGACGGCCAGGCAGAUAGAAAUGGUGCGAGCCUGGUAUAUGGACGACGACUCGUCAAUCGACCAACGAGAGGAACACCAACUGGACCCGCCUGUGCCGGUGUCGUUGGACGAACUUCGUGAGAAGAGCGGAGUCCUCUAUUGGAAGUUGAACGCCGACACAUACGAGGAGGAUGGCGAGCUCGAGAAGAUCAGGAAGGAGCGAGGAUACUCGUACACAGAUGUCAUUGAGAUAUCCAAGGAUAAACUACCGAACUACGAGGAAAAGAUAAAGACAUUCUUCCAAGAGCAUCUGCACUCUGACGAGGAGAUUCGCUUUGUCUUGGCUGGGAGUGGCUACUUUGAUGUUCGAGAUUGCCAUGACAAGUGGAUAAGGAUCGCGGUAACGAAAGGAGACCUCCUCGUUUUGCCUGCUGGCAUCUACCACAGGUUCACUCUUGACAAGCAGAACUACAUCAAGGCCAUGCGGCUGUUUGUGGGAGAGCCCGUCUGGACACCGAUCAACCGUCCUGCCGAUGAGCAUCCAGCGCGCCACCAGUAUCUCGAGACUCUUAGACAAGCCUGCGAUUGCGCUGUGUAACCUGGAAACAGGCACACAAGCAAGACACUACAAGGAAACCAUGUGCCUUAUAUCGCUACACAAAUAUUUAAUGUAAGUGUAGCGGUCCAUGUUAAAUAAAUAUAUAGAUUUAUUUU